AUGGGCCUCGCAUACAACGUUUACCUCAACUCAAGUCGUAUCUACGGAUGCAAAGACUGUAAAACACAUCUCUCAAACCACGACGAUAUCAUCAGCAGGAACUUUCGUGGUCAACAUGGAAAAGCGUAUCUUUUUAAUACGGUCGUAAACAUCAAAGAGGCCGAACCGGUGGAGCGAAACAUGACGACUGGUCGCCACAUCGUGCGUGAUAUUUCAUGCAAGCAAUGCAAGGUCAUCGUCGGCUGGAAAUAUGACAAAGCCUACGAGACCCCCGAGAAGUACAAGGAAGGGAAGUUCAUCCUGGAGGCAGAGCUUCUGGUGACUCGGGUAACAGGAGGAGACCUAGACGAUAUGUUCAUAAACUCGGACUCUCCUGGUGUCAGCGCGCCCAAUACUUUUGUGGUAGAGAUAGAGAGGUGUUGCUAA